AUGGAGAAGGAGCCAGUGGCCGACAAGCAAUUCGGCAAGUUCAUCAAGGUUCCCACGUAUGCCAAGUCUAUCAAGGAUAUCCUUGGAAACAAGAGGUCCCUGCCAACCACCGAGGUCGUGCAGCUUACAGAGGAGUGUAGCACAGCUAUACUCGAUCCUCUUCCGGAGAAGAAGAAGAAGGACCCAGGAUGCCCCACCAUCACAUGUUCAAUCGGAGCCCAACACUUGAGGCACGCUCUUUGUGAUCUGGGGGCGAGCGUCAGCGUCAUGCCAAAGCUAGCGAACCAAUUUGUUCGUUACCCCGCGGGAAUUGCAGAGAAUAUUCUGGUGAAAAUAUGA